UGGUCACAUUUAAAAAAUCAGUCUCUGACGCAGUGGAGGGAACGUUUGAACUUCGGAAUUUGUAUCCGGAGAAGAAGGCAACGGCGUCGCGGAAUUAAACUAAAACAUCUCAACAUGAUUAGGCAAGCGAAGGGCAAGACCCCCCGCCGCCCCCCUCCAAAAAAGCCUUCAAACAACCAGAAGGACCCUGUUGGGGUGUACUGUCGCGUGCGGCCACUGGGUGCAGAGGAUGAGGAAUGCUGUAUUGAGGUUAUAAGCAACACCACCAUACAGUUACAUGCCCCUGAUGGGCUCAAAGCCAACAGAAAUGGUGAAUUCAAAGAGACACAAUAUUCCUUCAAAAAAGUGUUUGGGAUUAAAACGACACAGAGGGAAUUAUUUGAAGAUGUUGCCAAACCUCUAGUAGAAGACCUCAUUCACUGUAAAAAUGGUCUGUUGUUCACCUAUGGUGUCACUGGCAGUGGUAAAACUUAUACAAUGACUGGCUCACCUGGUCAAGGUGGGCUGCUUCCGCGUUCACUCGACAUGAUCUUCAACAGCAUCGGCCCCUACCAGGCCAAGAGAUAUGUUUUCAAGCCUGAUGAUAAAAAUGGCAUGGAGGUGCAAAAUCAGGUAGAUGCGCUCUUGGACCGACAGAAGCGAGACAGCCAGACAACUGUACCGAAGACCCCAACAACAAGGCGAAUUGACCCUGAGUUUACUGACAUGAUCAGCCCAGAGGAGGCUUGUAAGGCAGAUGGAGUGGAUGAAGACAGCAGCUACAGUGUCUUUGUCUCUUACAUUGAGAUUUACAACAACUACAUCUAUGAUCUUUUGGAAGAGACUCCCUAUGACCCAAUAAAACCCAAACCUCCCCAAUCUAAAAUACUGCGUGAAGAUCAAAAUCACAACAUGUAUGUGGCUGGGUGCACUGAGGUUGAGGUCAAGUCAACAGAGGAAGCUUUUGAAGUCUUUUGGAGAGGUCAGAAGAAGCGCAGGAUUGCAAACACGCAAUUGAACCGUGAGUCCAGCCGCUCUCACAGUGUGUUCAUUAUUAAAUUGGCACAAGCACCUCUGGAUGCAGAUGGAGACAAUGUGCUUCAGGAUAAGAAUCAGGUGAAUGUGAGCCAGUUGUGUCUGGUGGAUCUGGCUGGCAGUGAACGCACUAGCAGAACCCGAGCAGAGGGCAGCCGUCUCCGUGAAGCAGGCAACAUCAAUCAAUCUUUAAUGACUCUGCGCACAUGUAUUGAAGUGCUAAGGGAGAAUCAGAUGUGUGGCACAAACAAGAUGGUUCCGUACAGAGACUCCAAAGUGACCCAUCUAUUCAAGAACUACUUUGAUGGAGAAGGCAAAGUGAGAAUGGUUGUGUGUGUAAAUCCUAAAGCUGACGAUUAUGAGGAGACCUUGCUGGUGAUGCGCUUUGCCGAGAUGACUCAGGAGGUUGAAGUGGCCCGGCCUGUUGACAGGCCCAUCUGUGGCUUCACUGCUGGUCGCCGACAGAGAAACCAGGCCUUCAAAGAGGAGCUUACCCGCAGGCUGGAGGAACGUGGUGGUCCUGUAGAUAUAGAAUCUCCAACAGUAUUAAACCAGCUGUUUCAGUUUCCUCCACUUCCUCCCUGUGAGAUCUCUGGCCCUAACGAUGAUGUUACACUGCCCAGACUCAUCGAGGCCCUGGAGAAGAGACACAAAAUUCGACAGAUGAUGAUUGAGGAGUACAAUAAAACUGCCAACAUGCUGAAGUCUGUGCUUCAAGAGCAGGACAGCAACCUGCUCUCCAAGGAGAACUUUAUCCAAGAGCAACGUGGCAAGCUUGGUGAGAAGGACAAAAUGGUCCAAAACCAGAAGAAUGAGAUUGAUCGUCUGGAAAAGAAAUCCAAGAUGCUGGAAUACAAGAUUGACAUUCUACAGAAAACUACCAACAUCUAUGAAGAGGACAAGCGAUCUCUACAGCAGGAACUGGAGAGCAGAGAACAGAGGUUGCAAAGGGAAGUGUCUGAAAAGAGACGCAUGGAGACACGCAUGCAAGGCAUUGUCACGGAUGCCAAGCUUAAGUGGGAGAAGGAGUGUGAGAGGCGGGUAAAUGCCAAGCAGCUGGAAAUGCAGAAUAAGCUGUGGGUGAAGGAUGAGAAACUCAAACAGCUCAAAGCAAUCGUUACUGAGGGAAAGACGGAGAACCGGCAGCCACAGCGGCCUUCCAGAGAAAAGGACAAAGUGCCUGCCAAGAGAUCCGCUUCUCCGUCGCCUGUUCCUUCUCCCUACAAUGGCUCUCAGUCAUCCCUCUCCUCCCUGGAGCCCAUAUAUAACUUCUCUCAGACGGUCAGGCCAGAUCCUCACUUCCCCAGACCAGGCAGUGUGUCUGUGGCCUCCUGCAUCUCAGAGUGGGAGCAGGGUGUCCCGCAGUCUCGCAGGCAGGGUAGCCAGUCACCUCCAGACAGUAGGAAGAGAGCUCAGGGCCUUCCCGACAGUCUUAGCAGGAGAAGAGGCAGGUGUUGGGCCAGAGAGGUGCCUGUCCAGCCAGCAGAGGUAGACCUAGAGGAAACGGGUCACUGGACUGGGCCGCCGGUUCGGCCUCUACACAGACGCUCGCACUCCGCAGGUGGGGAGAGGUGGGUUGAUCAUAAACCCACCACUAACGUGGACCUGGAUACAGUUCUGCAGCCAAACAUCCCCAAUGCCAUCAAAGUGAACGCUCCCAAUGAGAAAGCUCUGUCCAAGUGUGACAAAUACGUUCUGACGCACCAGGAGGUUGCAUCAGAUGGAGAGAUUCAGACCAAGCUAAUCAAGGGUGAAGUGUUCAAAACUAGAGGUGGAGGACAGGCUGUUCAGUUCACAGAUAUCGAAACACUCAAGCAAGAAAACCCCGUUGCGGCCAGCCGUAAGAGACGAUCAUCAGAGACUGGCCCAGAUGGUGAGCCUGUGGAAGGAGACUGGACUGAUGUGGAGACGAGGUGCUCUGUGGCAGUGGAGAUGAGAGCUGGCUCAAACCUGGGACCUGGAUACCAGCAUCACGGAUAUCCAAAACGCAGAAAGCCUUGAGACUACUCUAUUAUUGUCAUCACAGCAGAGUCCUUUCCUCUCGAAGCCUCUUAUCACUGUGUGCAAUAGCAAAUUCACUUUAUAAUAUUUAACUUUUUUUAAAAUGCUUUUAUGGAAAAACUCUUUUUAUAGAAGACUACACAAGUUCACCAAAGCUGUUUUUGUACUGCAUUUUCUACCUGGGUGUUGCCAUUUAAAAUUCACAUUUGGUGUAAGUGUGGGUCUGGGUGGGUUUCAAAACAAAGUGUUACAAAUGUUUUCUAACUGUCUCUCAAGCACAUUAGGGUUUUUUUUAUUUUUUUUAUGUAUGUUAAUGUAUACUCUCUUGCAUUUGGACAGUUGAAGCAUUUGCUGGUGUUUCUUUAAAAAAUCCUUUAGUAAAAGUCAUUUUCAUGACUUUAGUAGGCAGCACCUUGGAACGGCACUCUUUCCAUGUAGUUUCACUUGUAUGACAUUUGCUGCAGACAAAACUGUUAAUAAACAGCAUUUGAUA